CCUCGCCUUUAAUACCUCGUCCCGCUGCCCCGGCUGGAUCCUCGCACAGGUCUCCGAGUACCGGCGCCGACUCCAGAUCCGCUCCUGCCAUCAUGUCCAAAACGGGUCAGGUACAGAAGUCCACAAAUGUGGUUUAUCAGUCCCACCAUGUCAGCAGAAGUAAAAGAGGACAAGUUGUGGGCACCAGAGGAGGCUUCCGAGGCUGCACGGUUUGGCUUACAGGUUUGUCAGGUGCUGGUAAAACAACCCUCGGUUUUGCUCUUGAAGAAUAUCUGGUGUCACAUGCCAUUCCAUGCUACUCCCUUGAUGGAGAUAACAUCCGUCAUGGGUUGAAUAAAAAUCUUGGUUUUAGUUCUGAGGACCGAGAGGAGAACAUCCGACGUAUCGCCGAGGUCGCCAAGCUGUUUGCAGAUGCUGGACUUGUCUGCAUCACUAGCUUCAUCUCACCGUACAUGAAGGAUCGUGAAGAUGCACGUAAGAUACAUGAAGCUGCAGGACUUCCAUUUUUUGAGAUCUUCGUAGAUGCCCCGUUAAAUAUUUGUGAAAGCAGAGAUGUUAAAGGGCUAUACAAAAAAGCCAGGGCUGGUGAAAUCAAAGGAUUCACAGGAAUUGACUCAGAAUAUGAAAAGCCAGAGGCCCCAGAACUUGUGUUGAAGACCAAUGUCCACGGUGUGAAUGAAUGUAUUCAGCAGAUAGUGGAGCUCUUACAAGAACAGUCUAUUGUCCCAUCUGGAGCCACAAAGGACAUCCAUGAAUUGUUUGUGCCAGAGAAUAAGUUAAAAGAAGCCAGAAUUGAAGCUGAUAAAUUGCCUUCAGUAGAAAUCACCAAGGUUGACCUCCAAUGGGUACAAAUUCUGAGCGAGGGCUGGGCCACGCCACUAAAGGGCUUCAUGCGCGAGAGAGAAUAUUUACAAGUUCUACACUUUGAUACCCUUUUAGACGAUUUGAAGCAUAACUCUGAUAUAUCAAUGUCAAGGUACCUCGGAGGAGUAAUCAACUUGAGCAUUCCUAUUGUGCUGCCUGUUUCCACUGAAGACAAGGAACGUCUGAGUGACACAAAAGCUUUUGCUCUAGAAUAUCAGGGGAGGAAGGUCGCCAUCUUAAGAAAUCCAGAAUUCUAUGAGCACAGAAAGGAAGAGAGAUGUGCCCGUGUUUGGGGAACAACUUGUGCCCAACACCCUCAUGUCAAGAUGGUGCUGGAAUGUGGCGAUUGGUUGGUCGGCGGAGAACUUGAGGUCCUGGAAAGAAUAAGAUGGGGUGAUGGCUUGGAUCAGUAUCGCCUUACUCCUCUGGAGCUGAAGCAGAAGGCCAAAGAAAUGAAUGCAGAUGCCGUAUUUGCGUUUCAGUUGCGCAACCCGGUUCACAAUGGCCAUGCUUUGCUGAUGCAGGACACCAGGCGCCACCUGCUGUCCAGGGGCUAUAAGUGCCCCAUGCUUCUGCUUCACCCAUUAGGGGGAUGGACCAAGGAUGAUGAUGUACCAUUGGACUGGCGCAUGAAGCAACAUGCCGCAGUGCUUGAGGAGGGGGUUCUGGAUCCAAAGUCAACCAUUGUUGCCAUAUUUCCAUCUCCAAUGCUGUAUGCAGGGCCCACUGAGGUCCAGUGGCAUUGCAGAGCUCGAAUGAUUGCAGGGUCCAACUUCUACAUCGUCGGCCGCGAUCCAGCAGGAAUGCCGCAUCCCGAAACCAAACAGGAUCUGUACGAGCCAACGCACGGAGGGAAGGUACUCAGCAUGGCGCCAGGACUGACUUCCGUGGAAAUCAUCCCGUUCAGAGUGGCUGCUUAUAACAAGACGACCAAAUCCAUGGAGUUUUACGACAGAGAAAGGCACAAUGAAUUUGACUUCAUCUCUGGAACCCGGAUGAGAAAACUUGCACGUGAAGGAGAAAACCCACCUGAUGGUUUCAUGGCUCCCAAAGCCUGGAAAGUCUUGACCGAUUACUACUGUUCUUUGGAAAAGAACCAUUGACCUGAAAGCGCAGAAUACUGAAGCUGUAAGCUAGUUAUUUUAUAAAAGAAAUGAUUUUAUAUCCUAAUUACAAAAAAACAAAUAUUUUAUAGCUUUUUUUAAAUAGUUGAUUAGCUCUUUUUAUACAAAAAAAAAACAAAAACAUAGCACGCCAAUUUUAAAAAACAAACAAAAAUCCGAUGCUUAACCUUUGUGAUACUGAAGGUAAUAUGUCAAUCCUGGGUGAUAAAUAUAUAUACUUUUACUACCUACUAUGAAAAACAUAUACAUUUGUAAAUGUUUAGCUUUUCAUAGGGAACAAAACGAUAUCUCCCUUACUCAGUCCCGUCUAAAAAUAAAUCAUAAGAGUGUCCGUGUAUUCGGAGCUUGUGCAGGACUUGGUCUUUCUGAAAACUAAGGCUUAAAUACAUUUUUCUCUACUAUUAAUUUGUAAAAUUAUAGUAAUCUCUACUAUACACCAUUGAAACGCAUAUUGAAGUUCAUGGUCUUUAUAGUUAGCUCUUUUUCACAUCAAAUCCUUUCAAUUUCACAGUUAUUUAUGGCAAUCAUGCUUGUAACAAUAAAGCGUAAAUACAUUCUAGCGUUAGGGCUUAUGCUACCAAUAUAUAUAUAUUUUUAUUUUAGUAAAUGGCUAAAUUUGUAUCAAUCGCUACAAAGAGAUUUUACAUAAAAAUGUUUUUUUCUUAUAUAAUGAUAUUUGCAGUUAAAGGAAAAUGCAUAUUUACAUGCAGAGGACCAAAAUUAGUAUUUUUUUUUCAAAUGAAGAAGCUAAAGUUGAAAUGUUCCUGAUAGUUUCUGGAUAAUCAUGAAGGAUUUGCUUUUCUUGUAAAACAAACCAAAACUUGCCUUCUCUGUAUAGUGUGUUGAUUACGUUGUAAUUGGGGUAAUUCCGUAAAACUUUUUGUUUUUCAAAGCUAUUUAUUAAAGAUGAGACUGGACUUGCUUGUCAAUGUCUAACGUAAUGCUGGUGUUACUAUCAACAUUUAAUGUUAAAUAAAUAUUUCUAUAUUUCUGAA